AAAGCCCUCAACAGAGAGAGAGAGAGAGAGAGAGAGAGAGAGAGAGAGAGAGAGAGAGAGAGAGAGAGAAGAGAAAUGGAAUGGAGGAAAUGCUACUUGGAUGUAAUUCUUGUACCACUAGGGUUUCUGAUAACUGCUUCUUAUCAUGCUUGGUUAUGGCAUAAGGUUCGAACUGAUCCACAGUCUACCAUCAUCGGCAUAAACACAAAUGGACGACGAUUUUGGGUCUCCGCAAUGAUGAAGGAUAAUGAAAAGAAAAAUAUCUUGGCCGUCCAAACACUUCGGAACACAAUCAUGGGGUCAACCCUAAUGGCCACCACCUCAAUCCUUCUCUGCUGUGGCAUAGCAGCCGUGAUUAGCAGCACAUACAGUGUGAAGAAACCGCUCAACGACUCCGUUUACGGGGCUCACGGAGAAUUCAUGGUGGCUCUAAAAUACGUGACCCUACUCACAAUCUUUCUCUUCUCAUUCAUGUGCCACUCACUUUCAAUCAGGUUCAUAAACCAAGUGAACAUCCUGAUCAACAGUCCACAAGACCCCAUGUCCUUGGUCACCUCAGAGUAUGUGUCUGAGCUUUUGGAGAAGGGUUAUUUGUUGAACACUGUGGGGAACAGGUUGUUCUACGCAGCUCUGCCUCUUCUGCUUUGGAUCUUCGGGCCAGUUUUGGUGUUUUUGUGUUCUGCCACAAUGGUGCCUGUGCUUUACAAUUUGGACUUUAUGUUUAAUUGCACUGAGAAGAGGAAAAUGGAUACUGGUAGUGAAAAUAGGGCCGAGUUUGUAUGAAUCGGCCACUUAUUUUUAGAGCUCCUUGGCCACGUGCUGUGCACGUGGGUGAGGGCGGAUCAAAGUGAAGAUGUUGGUGCAUGGUUUAAUUAGAGGGAAAGAGGAAAGUAAGAGUAUUACCGAAGCUGAAGAAAUUGUAUAAAUUAAUGCAACCAUUUCAUCUUUGAUCCAAUUUAUAUUAGUAUAAAUGAAUGUCAUAUUAUCGUUGUC